AUGGUCACGUUUCCGGGCCAGCUUCCCGGACUCGGAGGAACAACCAAUAGCAAUUUCCCAGUCUUGUCUGCAAUUGAUCUACAACGUAGAUCUCAAGAGCUCUUGAGUUACUCCAUUUCCGACAAUACUAGGAAGUUGUAUGACACGGCACUGAAUGUUUUUAACACCUUUCGCAAGGCUUACUACCACGAAGAAAAGUGGCCUCCUCAUUCCCACGAGUUAGUAAAUUUCGUGUGGUACCUAUCAUACAAGCAAUUUUCUCCGAACACAAUUAAAUCUUACAUAUCUGGAUUAUCAUAUUUUUGCAAGCUACACAAUGUCCAUGAUUCAACUCAAUCGUUUUUACUCAGAAAAGUUCUGGUCGGAUUGACCCGUAAAAACCCGCGUGCUCACGACAGGAAACCACUUACAUUGGAUAUCUUGUCGAGUAUACUUCGCUUGCUGCCUACAAUUUGCAAAUCCCCAUAUGAAUCUGCGCUAUUCUCGGCCAUAUUCACAACAGCUUUCUUCGAGUAUUUCAGAAUGGGAGAACUGGUUCAAAAUUCAGUGCAUGACCCUGGCCGUGCUAUCCAAGCUAGGGACGUAAUCUACCUAGAACACAAUAAUACAGUCCCCAUUUUCCUUAGACACUCAAAGACUGACCAGGUGGGAAAGAGGAUAAGCAGUUGGAUUUCUCCCUUACAUGCCAAUAUCCCAAUCGUCACGGCUGAAAACAUUUCUGCGCCUGGAACAGCUUAUGGUCAAGGCGGCUAUUUUGGCUCACCAGUAGCGCUCAACAGCUUGUUUUCCUAUUUGACUUUGUGUUUAAAUGAUUGA